CUUAAAAUAGUAACAGAGAAGUUCCAGCUGUAACGUGCUUUGUUAUGAAAAUAAAAUAUGCUGACAGGCUUUGUUUGCUUGUUCAGACGAGGAUCGCGGGUCAUUAAAGGUCUACCAGUAAGACACUUAAGAGUCUCAGCAAAUUCCUUUGACCCACCGGUACUAGGUUCCAUUAUGAAGCAUUCAUUUACAGUAUGUGUUGAAGGUAACAUAGCCAGUGGAAAGACAAGACUGCUAGAAUAUUUCAAGAAGUUUUCUCCAAUUGUAGAGGUUUUAGAGGAACCAACAAAUAAAUGGAGGAAUAUACAAGGACACAAUGCUUUGGCAAAGAUGUAUGAAGAUCCAGCAAGAUGGGGUGCCAUAUUUCAGUCUUAUUCACAACUCACAAUGACUGAUCUACACACAAGACCGCAUACAUGUCCUGUGAAAAUGAUGGAAAGGUCAUUACAUAGUGGAAGAUACUGUUUUAUAGAAAAUCUACACAGAAAUGAAGUUAUGCCUGACCUAGAUUAUGUUGUGCUCACAGAAUGGUUUGAGUGGUUAACAAAGUCACAUGAUAUUAAAGUUGAUCUGAUUGUCUACCUCAGAACUCGACCAGAAGUUGUUCUAGAGAGAGUGAAAGCCAGACUUAGACCAGAGGAACAAUGCAUUCCAUUGAAAUACCUAGAAGAUCUCCAUAAUUUACAUGAAGAGUGGUUGAUUAACAAAACGACAUUUCAACCUCCAGCACCAGUAUUGGUAUUGGAUGCCAAUCAAGAUAUUCCAAGCAUGUAUCAAGUAUUUGAAGAGGAAAAAGCCAAAAUAUUAUUUGGACUUGCAACCAGUUGAUAUUCAGUCUGAGGAAAUAUAGUUCAUGCUAAGUAUCUGUUGAAAUUCCAUUGGUGAUGACGUAAACAGAGGACGUUGUAAGGAGUUUAGAGAUUAGUGCAAUAUGGGUUAGAGAUUAAAACAAGUUUGAAGACCAGUCACAGAAUGCAAGCAUGCCAUUGGUCAGUUUCUUGGUUGUGCUGGCAGUGAGCCAGUCAGAUAUAAGAGUUUUCAGACUGUGGGAUCAAUGUGAAAUAAAAAGUACAAAAUCAGCAUUCCAGGAAGAGAUUUCAUUUAUGAAUUAAUCAGGGCAUUGUUAAACUAUAUCUCAGGUAUUAUAUUCACUGCCUCAGUUUGCCUGAUGGGCAAAAACAGUAAAACCUGCCUGAUUUGCCACCUGCAUUAGGCAGCCAUUUGCCAGUCAACUUACUUCCCAGUUUUUCUUUUCUAUUUUCAGCUCUUAAGCAAACACCUCAGUGACCUGCCUUAAGUGGCCAGUUUGUGUCACUUUAGCUCAAGUUUGACCGUAUACAUUGUACAAAAGGGAUCAAAAUGCUGGACAUUUUAAGAUCAUACAGUGAACAUUUAUUCCUGUUAUAUGUUCAUACAGUUAACAUUCCUGAAAUCGUGUGUAUGUUUUUACCUAUGAUACACAAAUGUAUUUCAAAACUUUAGUUCAUAGAUAAUUAUUGUUUAGUAGGAUCUUUAGAUAAAUUAUUUACAUAAAGUUUUGGUUUGAAGUUUUAAAUGUUCAUUGUAUUGUUUCUUCAAGAUGUUUGUCAUUGUAUAAAACAUAAAGCACAGCUGAGAUACCCAAAUGAGACUAUUUUGUUGUGAUUUUUCUUAAAGUAUACAUGUAUUUUACCCAUGAUAAUAGUUUGUGUGGAAAAUAUUUGAUUGAAAUAUUAAUUUAUUUUUUUUUAAAUUUAAGUAUAGUUUAUCUGAUGUGGUUUUAUCAACUGUUAACAUAUACUGCUAAGAACAUUUAUUACAUGAGUACCUAUAAAUAGUUACAAAUCUGUCUACAAAUCUGUGCUGGAAACUUUAUGUUAUCAUAUUGCCUGAUGUAUUAUCAUGGUAUCAUAACUGGUCCCGAUUCUAGUCAUAGCUUCUAUUCUGUCUAAACAGCUGAUCGCAUGUAUUGACUGAGGCCCGAUAGGGAUAGCCCAAUUCGGAGCUCUUUUUGUAAAGAUCUAGUCCCGAUGCUAGCAUAGGAAAUUUACGUCUCUAAAAAGAAAUGAUGUCAUGACGUUUAAUAGAUGCAAAACAGCUUAGAGUUCCAUUUAAGUUUAAUUAUUUGGAGAGUCUCUUUUUGUAUUUUGUAUGAAAAAAAAACCCAACUAAUUGUAAUGUGUUUCCAUAGCAUGUCAGUAAUUAAUUUUCAAAGCUUUCUUAAGAAAUAUAGCAUUGAUUUCCUGAUACCUAAAUUUUUUUGGUUGCCAAACGAUCUGGAGGCCGGUGCCUUUAAUAAUGUCAACAUAGUCUGCUUCAGACAAAUUUUCUGCAUAUUUGAGAGACUUAUCUCAGUAAUUCAGUGUCAGAAUCUCUUUGUUUUAUGUAUGUCUUUUUAACGAGAAUUGCUGUUACAUAUAAAUUGUGUUUCUUAAUGUUAGUAAGGAUGAUUUUUAUGCCAAAAUACAUUACUGUCAUGAUUAUGAUAAAUCAAAA